AUGAGCUCAACCCCCAGCAACCCGCGCAAAAAAGUAACCCUGCAAACCCUCCGCAACCUCUACAAGAAGAACGAGCCGAUCUCCGUGCUCACGGCGCAUGACUUUCCCAGUGGACAUAUCGCCGAGGUUGCGGGGGUAGAUAUCGUUCUUGUGGGGGAUAGUUUGGCGAUGGUUGCGUUGGGGAUGGAGGAUACGAGUGAGGUUGUGUUGGAGGAGAUGUUGUUGCAUUGUAAGAGUGUGUCGAGGGCAGCGAAGAGUGCAUUUACUGUUGGUGAUCUCCCAAUGGGCUCUUAUGAGAUUUCCCCCGAGCAGGCGCUGCAGUCUGCUAUCCGUGUUGUGAAAGAGGGUCGUGUGCAGGGAAUCAAGCUUGAAGGCGGGGAGGAUAUGGCUCCGACAAUCAAGCGCAUCACACAAGCUGGUAUCCCUGUCUUGGGUCACGUUGGCCUCACGCCUCAGCGUCAGAAUGCUCUCGGUGGAUUCCGGGUUCAAGGCAAAUCGACGGUCAGUGCGUUGAAAGUGCUGAAAGAUGCCAUUGCCGUGCAAGAAGCUGGUGCUUUUGGAAUGAUUGUCGAGGCGGUUCCUGCUGAGGUUGCGGCCAUUGUCACUAAGAAACUGAAAGUUCCAACGAUUGGUAUCGGUGCUGGGAAAGAAUGUUCGGGACAGGUUCUCGUUCAGAUUGACAUGACUGGCAACUUCCCACCGGGGAGGUUUCUUCCCAAGUUCGUCAAGACGUAUGCUGAUGUGUGGGGCGAGGCACUUAAGGGUAUUCAGCAGUACAAGGAGGAGGUCAAAAGUCGAGCGUUUCCGUCGCAGGAAUACACCUAUCCCAUUUCGCCGGAGGAACUUGCGGAGUUUGAAAAGGCCGUUGAUCAGGCUGGCUCCGAAUAA